AAAUGGAUAUAUUACAUGUAUCUCCGAAGAUUAUUGGACCAUAAUGUGCGAAUGACUCAUUCCGUAACACAACCAUGGAUAACAACCGAGGAUGAAAGUCGAGAGAUGAUGGCUCUAUGGCCGGACGUUUUCCGCGACUUUAUGCAUGGGGCUAAGAUUUCACGCGUUAUGGAUGUUGAUAAAUGUAUAACAAGAAUAUUACAAUACAUCAUACCAGGAGGAAAGGAAACUCGAGGUUUAACCGUACCUUAUGUCUACAGGUUACUGACAUCGAAUGAUCAACUUACAGAAAAUAAUAUUCGUUUGACACGGAUUUUAGAAUUCUGCGUGGAAAUGUUACAAGCUCAUUCACUCUUUCUUGAGGAUAUACAAAACGAAUAUUACUUGAAGUUACAUACAGACCUGCCAAAUUGGUAUCGAGACUACAACUUCUUGAGCUGGGCGAUAAGAGACGAUGCUUCAAUGUUAGAAUAUUCUUUCUAUUAUCUAAUUGAAAAGCACUUUGAUGGAAAAAAGUGCUGUACUGACUUACUAGUAACAUUCCACGAUAUAUUGUGGAAAACAAUAAACAACCAAUGGGUAGAUUUAAAAUCUACCAAUUUCGGCACGAAGCCGAGGAAUCAGGAUUUAUUUACGAUGGCUCGAUACGAUUCUAUUGUUGAAUACAAAACGUCACAUUAUUCAUUUCUCUUACCAGUGAUCGCAGCAAUGCAUUUUGCUGGAAUAAAAGAUCCAGAGAUGUUCAAACAAGCAGAAACCAUCCUGUUAGAGAUGGGACGUUUUUUCCAAGUCCGAGAUGAUUAUAUGGGUUGCUUUGAAGAAUCCGAGGUCGUUGGCAAAUAUAAUACUGAUAUACAAAAAGGAAAAUGUACGUGGCUAGUUGUUACAGCUCUCGAUUGUGCUACUCCAGAGCAGCGUAAGAUUUUAAAAGAAUGUUAUGGCUCUUCGGAUCCGGAGAAAGUGGAACGUGUGAAACAGCUCUUUAUCGAUUUGAAAUUGCCAGAUAGGUAUUCUAUAUACGAAGACGAAACGUAUAAUUUACUAAAUGAAUUUUUACAACAGAUGUCACCCGGGCCUUUACAUAGUUUUUUCUCGGAUUUAUUAGGGAAGCUUUAUCGCAGAGAUAAAUUUGAACUUUAAGAAGAAAUGUGAAACAACAUGUGUUCUGUCAUUGUCUCGAAGAAUGAUAGAAUGUUAUUUCAAAGUGAAAAAUAUCAAAAAAUAUUUUAUAAAAUCUUAUGUAUCGAGAAGAAUUUAUCUCUUUA